GGAUUUUACUACGGUGGACAUAACACAGUAGAAAAAUUGAAGUUAGCUACACGGUGUUGUGAACGUUGUUUAAUCAUAAUAUCUGAAUGGCGUCGACUGCGUUUGGCUAACCAUGUUAGCUUUAGCUGCGUGGCGUCAGUUGGCCUUGCGUUUGGGCACGGGGCUUUUUUUCUGUAAACGUCAGCACUCUCAGUGGACAUAAUUAACGGUUCCCGGACAUCGAGGACGUUCCAGAAAGCUCUCCUCUGUCUCUGAACCUGGCACCGACACCAUUUGGACGCCUCAGGGUGUUAAGCUUUGAGAAAACGUUUUAGACACCCUGCUGCCGCAAUCGAUACACCACCAGCUAUCGACCACCGUUCACUGCGGCAUUUGGACGAUCAGCGUUGUGUUUAUGUCUUUGUUUUGCAGAAACGAGCUGUUGCGCAGCCGUUGGAACCUGUGUGGUGGAAACCUAGCCUUCAAGCAAGGAGCUUGCGGCCACAGCGGCACGACGUUUUUCAUGUCAGAGACCGAGCACGCUUGCAGUCGUUUAUGUCAUCCCCUCUUUUCCAGACAGAAGAUCCCGAAAAAUCCCCAACCAAGAUCCUUUUAUCUUACUGAUAGUGCUAACAUCCAGCCAAAAUGUCUGUCAACGUUAACCGCAGCGUGUCAGACCAGUUCUAUCGCUACAAAAUGCCCCGUCUGAUUGCCAAGGUUGAAGGCAAAGGGAAUGGAAUCAAGACGGUCAUUGUCAACAUGGUUGAUGUUGCAAAGGCUUUGAACAGGCCUCCAACAUACCCGACCAAGUUUUUUGGUUGUGAACUUGGUGCUCAGACCCAGUUUGAUACCAAAAACGAUCGUUACAUCGUCAACGGAUCCCACGAGGCGAACAAGUUGCAGGAUAUGCUUGAUGGGUUCAUCAGAAAAUUUGUGCUGUGUCCCGAGUGUGACAACCCUGAAACUGACCUGCAUGUCAAUCCUAAGAAACAAACAAUCGGCAAUUCCUGUAAGGCCUGUGGAUACCGCGGCAUGCUAGACACCAGACACAAACUCUGCACGUUCAUUCUCAAAAACCCACCUGAGAGCAAUGAUAGCGGUUCUGCAUCUGUCAAGAAAGAGAAAGAAAAGAAGAACCGCAAGAAGGACAAGGAAAACGGCUCUGGCAGCGGCGAGACUGGAAACCAGGACAACAUUGAUGCCCCUGAGGCUGUGGAUAGAGACGAUGACGACGAGGACUGGGCAGAGGAGACAACGGAGGAGGCACAGCGGCGCCGGAUGGAAGAGAUCAGUGACCACGCCAAGAAUCUGACCCUGAGCGAGGACCUGGAGAAACCUCUGGAGGAGAGGGUCAACCUCUUUUACAGCUUUGUGAAACAAAAGAAGGAGAGCGGAACCAUCGAUGGCGCCGACAAAGAGAUCCUGGCUGAGGCGGAGCGUCUGGAUGUGAAGGCCAUGGGUCCGCUCAUCCUCAGCGAGCUCCUCUUCAACGAGAACAUCCGGGACCAGAUCAAGAAGUACAAACGCCACUUCCUGAGAUUCUGUCACAACAACAAGAAAGCCCAGAAGUAUCUGCUGGGAGGCUUCGAGUGCGUGGUGAAGCUCCACCAGGUGCAGCUGCUGCCGCGCGUCGCCAUCAUCCUCAAAGACCUGUACGACGCCGACCUGCUGGAGGAGGACGUCAUCUUCGCCUGGGCUGAGAGGGUUUCUAAGAAGUAUGUCUCCAAGGAACUUGCCAAAGAGAUCCAUGCCAAGGCCGCUCCUUUUGUCAAAUGGCUGAAGGAGGCGGAGGAAGAGAGCGAGGGCAGUGAGGAGGAGGAGGAGGAAGAAGACGAUGAAAACGUUGAGGUGGUGUACUCGUCCUCCGCCCGCGAGCUCAAAGUGGAGACCGUGAAACCAGACACACCAGAAAAAGAAGAAGACGAUAUUGACAUUGAUGCAAUCUGAGAGAUUCUGGAUGCUGCUGCUGCUGCUUUUCUCUUGUGUUGUGGCUUCGACUCAGCCGGCCCUGUACGACCGAUACGGCUCAGCUUUUCCCUUCUUGAUUCCCCCCUGAUCCCUCCUGUCCUACUGCCCUCUAUACAGCCCUCCAGCUUUACAGCAUGAUAUAGUAUUAUAGCGCUUCACCUGCUACAAAGUAACUGUAUAAUUCUGCUAUGAGUUUAUUAAAUGAAGUUGAUUUGUGGGAUUUUAAUCAAGGGUGUUAUGGGAUCUUUUUCACUGCACUUUUCCUUUCUUUCCUCUUUUGUUUUGAGGUCCCUGUAUUUUUCCAGUCAAUAAAGAAUGUUUUGCUAUCCAUCA